GAAAGGCGAGCGGUUCCGGACCGAACCAGCUGCUGAUUGAAACCGAGUCCGAACCUGGAUUUUACUUUGAAAGAAUCAGCGCGAGGGAAGUAUGGAGGAUGAUGAACUUCCGCCAGAGGAUGGGCUGGGUGGGUGUGGCUCUCUUCCUGCUGCUCAGCAUCAUGGCCGCCUACUUGGCGUUUGAUGUGGUCAGUCUGGAGCGCGUGCAGAGCGACGGCUCGUUGGUGCUGCCCCCCGCCGUUUCUGCCCACCUGCCGCCUCUUCCUGUGUGGGCGUGGGCGUCCGUCUUCCUGGUGCCGUACCUGCAGCUGUUCCUCUUCCUGUUUUCGUGCACCAGGGCGGAUCCCCGCGCCGUCGGCUACUGCGUGCUUCCUGUCUGCAUCUUCCUGCUGUGCAGUCGCCGUGGCGCGCCCAAACCAGCCAAUCACAGAGCCGGAUUGCUCCUUCACAUGUAGAGACAGAUGGACGUGUGAUGUCACUUCCUGUUCCAGUUAACAAACUUAGCAUCUUCACCACCCUCAGCACAGACUGUCGGUUCCUGCUGUCGAAUCAAAAAGCAGCAAUUUAUUUGUUUUUUCUGUAUUUAAUGACGUGAGGCACUGGUUACCAUGGCAACUUUAAUAUGACAUUAAUAAAACAAAACAUGUCGUUUCACA